ACAAACACCGUCAUGGCGGCGGGACGCGGUGAGUUCUUCAGCAACUUCCUGCGGGGUUUGGAGCGGAGACCGGCACCGGAGAAACCAGAGAAACCAGAGAGACACGGGGGCCCGCAGUCGGGCCCCGGGAGAGGAGCGGCGGGCCUCCGUGGAGCAGCGGCCCCGGAGAGAGGCCCUGCGGGCGGCUGGAGGAGGACGAGGCAGCCGGUGAGAGCCUGGAGCCCCGCAGAGGAGAGCAGCUGCUCCAAACCGCAGAAACACGAACAACAACCCGCAUUUACUAAAGUCACAAGUUCAAGAAAAAAAGAAAACUUGGUGGAAAAGCUGCCGUCGGAGAUUCUGUUUAAGAUUCUCUCGUAUCUCGACGCUUCCUCGUUGUUCUGCGUCGCUCACGUCAGUAAACUGUUCUACCGACUCGCCAGCGACGACGUCAUGUGGAAGAACCUCUACGUCUCCGAGUUUGGGAGUCAGACCUGGAAGCCGAAGCCGGCGGACGAAACCGUGGAGGGGAACCAAUCAGGACGCUGGAAGAAGAUGUACUUCCGGACCGUCGCUGGACAGGAAGUGAAGAGGUGGAGGAAGGAACUGCGAGACAUCAGUCCGUACACGGGACUUCCCAGACACACGGAGUGGGUCCUCAGGAACCUGAAUCUAAGCUGGGAGCUGACGGUGACCGAUCGACUCGGACAGGAAACGACGCUGGAGCAGAGCCGGGCGUACUUCUUCGAAUCCUCCGUCAUCAUCCGCUGGAGUGAAGGAAGUUUCCCCUUGUACUAUCAUAUCAGCAGCAUCCAGAUACACGGAGUCAGGAAGGAGAACCGGAAGAGCGCCAAAGUCAGCAGGCCUAGGUGGCGCUCUCUGAUUUUGAAGCUGGAUAUAAAGACUCAUCCAUAUCGAUUCAAGGGCAAAGACAAACUGAUCAACCUGAGGUAUCUGCCACAAGGCGUCAUCAUCGGCCUCUGGAGGGGUCAGAACGACGUCGCCUUCAUCAUGGUCAGUCUGCAUUUCCACAAGCUCGUGGAGAAAAGUGUGUUGGGGUCUCCGGUCUGCCCGUAUUCUGAUUGUAUCGAUCCACUGCCAGUGGACGAUUCGGACCCCGAGUUCGGUCUCCACGGUUACACUUUGCACUUCGUCCUGCACAACACCGGAACCGAGAUCAUGUCCGGACACUUCCAGCAGCUCUCCUGCAACCCCGCUCAGGUCCAGCGUUCUCUGAUCAAACUGGACGUCAUCAACAGAACCAACUUGUCUCAGCACAGAUCUCUGUCUGGAAGCAUCAAGCUGCCCUGGAAGAGCGACGAGUUGGAGGGUUCAGUGGAGAACUGCUGCAUCAUGACGUUGACUCUGCUGGACGAGUUCCAGACACCCUUCUGGUGCGUCAGUUCGCCGGUUUCCAUCCAGGCGGCGAAGAAGUCGCCGUCAUCGGACUACAGCGACGACCACUUCCUGAUGGACUACUACGACUCGGAAGGCAAGGUGAAGAUGGUUCUGGUUUGGUUGAAGGAGCAGAACCAGUUCUUCCUCAUCAGCCUCAGUUUGUUCGUCGCCGUCUACAAGGUCAACCAGCGUUUCAGCAGAAACUACUGAAGCCAAACUGGACUAAUCACACCUAAGGUUUCUGGUUUUUACGCUUCAGAUGCUGUGAUUUGGAGUUUUUUUUUUCUUCCAAUUGGACCAGUAGUUUCUGAAGUUUAGUUGAUGUUUUCGUUCUGAAGAACAAAGAAUUCAGUCUGAGGCUUUUGUUGUUGAAGAUUUUCCGGAGAAAACUAGUUUUUCAAAUUAUGUUCUUUCCUUGAGACAUUAUUAGAAGAAAAGUGAUACAACACUUUAUAAAUUUAGUUCAACAGUUUCAGGUAUUUGAUACAUUUCUUGAUUUUUUUUUUUUAAUUUCCGGAAUAACAGAAUUAAUUUUUGAUGUUUUGAUGUGUUGAACGGUUUUGAAAACAAUAAAAUUUCAUUUGUGCGUUCCA